AUAGGUCUAAAUAAAUAUAUGAUAUAGAAAUAAAUUCAGUAAAAAAGUUCAAAAUGAAGCAGGCAUUUUCUUCAGAUGACAAAGCAGAGCAAGGAGUCAAUUCAAAAGGAAACAGUUUUUGCUGUACUGAAGGAAAAGAAGAAGUGAAGCCAGGGAAGGUGAUACUAAAUCAAAGCAUAGAGAACUUGGAAAAGGAACUUUCUCUUUAUCGCAAGCAUUUCUUUGAAAUGCAUCAGCUCGAGCCUGUUAUUAACCUUGUUUAUAAUAACCUGGGGCUUAACAGUGGAGUAAUUACAUUUAGUGAGGCUACGAGGGAUGAGAGGGAACAUUUGAAUCUUCCUACUCCUGUUUGGAAUGGAAGAUGUUCCAUAAAACCACAUGGAAUUAUAAGUCAUUAUCAAAACUUACCCAGAAAUUUUGGUCUACAUCCUAGUGUAAGAUCUAGUUUUACAGGACAUCGGAACAUACAGUCAAUGAUUAACGACGCAACCUUCUGGGGUAAAGAUUUCAUAUUGAGUGGUUCAGACUGUGGGCAUAUUUUUAUUUGGGAUCGAUGGACAUCAGAUAUAGUGAUGGUCUUGAAAGCUGAUGAAUGCAUGGUCAACUGUAUUCAACCACAUCCAUAUGAUCCAAUUCUAGCCUCCAGUGGCAUGGGUCACAGCAUAAAGGUCUGGACACCCAUGUUUGAUGAACCUUUCUUUGACUGGAUAAAAGCUAGAGAGUUGGUUCAGCACAAUGCUAGGUUAUUAUGUGAAAGUAAAGAAGUUUUGAGAGUGCCAGCACAUCUCAUGGUUCAUAUUCUAAGCUCUCUGUCUCGAGUCCGAGCUGGAGGAAUAGCUGGUUGAAGAGAGCUAAAUUGAUAACUGUGAUUUUUUUUUUCUCUCUGAUGGACUAUUUGCAUCCAAGAUCAAACAUUUUGUGUGAACCGAGUAUUUCUGAUGGAUCUUCAACCUCAUAUGAUGCUGUUGUAUUCAGUUGUUUAUUAUGAUCACUUGUAGUGCUUUCUAAUAGUAUCUAAAAAUGCAAUAAUUCCAUGUAAUACUUCUUUCUAUUAGUAUACUGGAGUGUUCUAAAUUUCUUGUCAGCUUGAGCUCAACCACUAUCAUAGUACAAGUUCAUUAAUUUAACUUGUAGAAAGUUAUGAUUUCCAAAAAUAGUGGGUUUUUUUCUAACUCAUUAUUUCUUGAUACAUGUAUUCUGUUGUUACUGUGUGUAUUUUGGAGUUUCAGGUUCACUGAUGGAGUUAUGUGAUAGCUAUGAAUAAUUAAACAUCAUCAAGUGUAGUUAUUAUAUCUUAAUUUCCAACUGGGCUUAGCCAGGUGAAAUUUGAUGUAACUGUAGUACUAAGAUUUAUUCUCCAAAAAUAAACCUAGAAAUAGCUUUGAAAUGUAAGCUAUAAUAUGAUUUCGACCAGGACUGUCAACUUGUAGCCCACAAGUCAUAUAUUAAGCUCCAAGCAUGGUAAGUUACUUCACAUUUUAAAGAGGCAAAUUAUUAAUCAUUUAUUAUGUAUCUUUAAAUGUACGGUGGACAGAUAUAUAUAUUCUGGCAUUUGAAUAGAAUUCUAGAUUGUCAAUCAGCAACCUGUUCCUUUCCUGCACCCACUGGUUUCGAAGUUACAGCUCUAAUUUAAUUUGACUGUAUAUGUAGAUAUGAUUUUUGUUAUUUUAUGAUAUGAAUUGAGUUGGUGGGUAAUGCUGUGGUAAAAACUUAAUUGGCUUUUGUGUCAGUAAAUUGCCAUGUCAUUUGGUUCUAUACAUCCAGAUUAUUUGAUACAAUUAUUCAUGAAAAGUAUUAUGAUAAAUGAAGUAUCAGUGUUAAUAUUUCCACACUACUAGGUUAUUAACCUUCGGGCCGUUACAAAGUAUCAUAAGUCAAUGGAUGUAUUUGUAAACAUCAGUACUGUUUCUGACAUACUGGUGUCAAAAAACAAAUUUUACACGGUUUUUAUACAAUUAUAUUUAGCUCAAAAUUACACAAGAUAAAUAAGAACCUGAAAAAGUGAUUAAGAAGGUAGGACAUUGUUACUUCUAAGUUCAGUUAUGAUAUUUGAUUGUGUAAAAUAAUGUUUAAUAUCUGAAGUUUUAAAACUGGAAUGACUGUUUGGACCUGCAUUCCUGUUGAAAUUAAGACCUGAUAUAACAAACUUGUAUCUCUAAAGAUGAUUCAAAAAUAUUGCCUUAUUUCAUACAUUAAUCCCUGUGCUUAAAGUACUUUUUUUUCUUUUUUAAGUUUGACUAUAAUUAAUCUUCAAUCAAUGAACUUUAUCACCAUUUUAUCCUAUAUGGGAGUUUAAGAUGGUUAAGUUUGAUCAAGUAUGAGAUGUUUUUGAAGUUAAAUGCUGAAAUUAAUAUAUUUGUAAUAUUCUUAGCAAUACUUGGGUUAUGAUUAGUCACCUUUAAGUUUAUUGUAUACUUCAGCCAAUUUUAAUGACUGGAAAAACUUUCUCAGUCUUGUUAGAUUUGAUAAUUCAUAAAAUUAUUUCAGUAUAUCUGUGUACAUAAUUAAUGAAAUGUUUGUUUCAGAAAAAUAUUUUCUUAAAUAUUAAAUCCACACACUCAGUUAUAUUUUAUUAGAAGUAAGUAUGGUCUUGUUUUGGAGUUUCAUAGGUAAAAAUCCCCUUUAUAUUGAAAAUUUAAGAUUGAUAUCGCUUGGAGAAAAAACAUGAUACAACCGACUUCUAUUUAUUACAGAAGAAGUACUAACUAAAAAGAAUUGCUCUUACAAAGCAUUAGAAUGGUCAAUUAAUAUCAUUGUUUUAUAGGAAAUUGUUUGGAUUUUAUAUACAAAAUUUGAAUAAAUUAUUAAUUAUUUUUAUAUCUUAAUUUUGUGUACAUGCAUUUCUUAUUUGUGAAAAAGAUGAAUAUGAUUUUCUAAAUGUGCUUUAACAUGAUUUUCCAACUCAGAAUGCCGAAUAGUUUAUUCAAGAUUCAUAAAGAAAAUGUGACUAUAAAGUAAAAUUAAAAUUACACUUAGCAUUUUGGACAUUGAUAAUCUUUAGAUGAAACGUAAGUAGAUAAGAUGUUGAAUCAUACAUGUUAUUUUUUCAUUAGUUUACACUAAAGAAGUUUUUUCCUGUGCAUCAUAUUUUAAGCUUAUAAAAAAAAUUACAUGUACGAAAUUUUAUUGACUUUUGUGGAUGAGCUCAUUGCAUACAAUUUUUUCCAAUAGACUAGAAGCCAAAAAGUUUUGAUUGGAUCAGAGGGCUUAUUUUUUGAAGUAAUUUUAAUCUGUUAAGCUUGCAGCAAAUCAUACUAGAAACCAUAUUUUAUUCAUUUUUUUAUAAAACUUGAUUUGCUUGAAAAUAUGGUUAACAGACUGAUUAUAAAAUAAAACACAUAGAUAUCUAUAUACAACAAAGAUAUGAGCCUGAAAAGCUAACAUUCCUUUUAUUUCAGAUAAUCCAUCUAUAAAUAUGCCAAUGUCUGUCAGGGUUUUGUUCCUCUGCACCUUUCCUUGACUCCUAACUUAAGGUUUUGGUCUAUUGCUAAAUGAAAGACCUUUUUUUUUUUCUUCUCUGCAUCAAAAGAUCAUGUAACCAAGUACCUUGUAUUUAGUUAUUGCACUAGUAUGCUCGGUCAGACAUAUUCAUCAGUGUGCCCUUCUAUCAUCUCUUAUGAGGUAAACAAGUAAAACCUAAAUUGGAAAAUAUAUAUAUAUACUACAAAAGCACCUACAAAUCUGUAAAGUUUAGAUAUGCAGUGUGAUUGAUUUACAUGCUAUUAAAACACACUAUUAAGUUUUAUGAUUAAAGUUUCCUGUAGAGUAAGUUAACCUGAACUCUAAAAUAUUAUUGGAAAAUAAUUAUAAUAUAUUGUUGUAAUGGUUUUUAUUGUUGAGUAGGUUGCAAAGUCCAUUUCACUUGACGGUAAUGAUAGUAUUGUAUUUCUUUCAUAAGUUAGCUUUACUAAUUUUCAUUGAUAGGCCUAAGUUUACAGUAAUACAGAUGCUAACACAACAGUAUCACAUCCUUGCAAAUUUUCUUGUACAUACAGCACAUACAAACUCAAUAUCCACAAAACUGAUGUAAUAGACAACUGACUAACAAACUCAUAAAAUCAAUCAACAAUCAUCUGAUCUCAACAAAACUACAUUUUAUGUCAUUCAAAUCACUUCUGAAACUUUCAAGAAAAGUCUAAUCAUUAAGCCACACACUUAUGUGGCAGUGUCUAGCAAAAAAAAAAAAGACUAAAUUAUAGAAAAUACAUAGCUUACAAUGUUUUGGAAAUUUAGAAAACUCCUUGUGUAAAAUAUGCAGGAAAUAUUCAUGAUCAAUGCACUGUGGAAUAGAAGUUUUUUUUAUGAUCCAAAGAAUAUCACAGUUUUUUCAGGUUUUAUAUUUACUUUUUAUGUAUUUCAUAAAUAUACUGACACAUUCUGCUUUAAUGACAAUUCUAGAUAUACCUAUUACUGAAAUUUUUAUGCCAUUACAUGACUGCUUUUUGUAAUUGAACAGAAAUGUUAGGUUUUUUCAGAAUUUAUAUGCUAAAUGAUAGUAUUCUGGAAAUUACUUAAAGGAGAGUUUACUUAAUCUACUUGUUUGAAAAUCUCAAAGUUAAUUGUUUUAUGGAAGUCUGCUAAAAGAAAAGUUUAUAUACUAUACCUGUUUUUUGAAAAUCUCAUGUUUUUUGGAACUUGUUAGAUGUAGAUACUGUACAGAAUAUUGAGCAAUAAAAUUGAAAUGUUUAA